AUGCUCAACAUAGCAAGAACAUCUCUCACUAAACGAGCCUUGUCUCGUCUUCCCUUACCAGCAGUAACGCUCACAAAAUCUGCCUCCCCUUGUCUAAUAAGGUUUCAAGGCACUAUAAUACCACAACAACCCUCGUCGGAACCUCUAACAGAUGAACAAGUAGAUGAAUGGCUCACGGCAAUUCACGAUUUGAAAGAACAAUUCCAACAACAGGGGUUCGACCCAGAGACAUCAUUGGCUUCUCCAGGCCAACCAAGAGUCAAUUUUGCUCACGAACAACAAAAGCAGGCUACUUUCAAACCCACAGAGGAACAAAUCCUUCAAUGGGAAACUUUAAAAGACGUUCCAAUUCCAGCUAAGUUUGACCCGAUUUUGAAACAUGUCACUAAUAUGAUUAUGAGGGACGGUAAGAGGGAAAAGGCGGAAAGAAUCCUGUCCAGAGCCCUAUAUUUGGUCCACUGUCAGACACGAUCAGAUCCAAUCAAGAUAUUAAAGGACAAUUUGGACCAACUGUCACCAUUGAUGAUUACUAAGACUUUCAAGACAGGUGUUGCCAAAGCUUCCAUGAUUCCUGUGCCUUUGAAUGAAAGACAAAGACAUAGAAUCGCUUGGAAAUGGAUAACGGAAGGUGCUAAUCAAAGAGUCUCCAAAGAUUUUGCAGUUAGAUUGGGGGAAGAAUUAAUAGCUAUAUCGAAGGGACAAAGUUCCGCAUUUGAUAAAAGAGAUCAAAUUCAUAAGACUGCCAUUGCUCAUAGAGCAUAUAUUAAAUUAAAGUGA